CUAUCUAUCUAUCUAUCUAUCUAUCUAUCUAUCUAUCUAUCUAUCUAUCUAUCUAUCGUGACUACAUUCAUAAUUUGCAUUGGCUAGGUCUUCUGGCUGUUGAUUGGCUCAACCUGCUGUCGAUCAGGCAUCAUGUCACAUGUCACUGUGCGCAUGCGCAGUAAGGCAGGAGGCUGUCUGGGCGGGCGUGGUCAGUUUUUAGGAGCGGCCUGGCCGGCCUCCUUCGCUCCCUCGCCGGGCUUCUUUGCCCACCUCUGCCCCUCUUCUCAUGGAUCUUUCUACCUCAGAGGCUUAGCGGCCAGUGAACAGUACACUCGAUGCAGGAUGUUAUGGCGGAAAAGACUAAAAUGAUGCCCUGAUGCUGCAGUGACAGUUAGCGGCUAGGUAGCGUGUAGCCUGCGAGCUAAUGUUAAUGAAGUGUUGUUGCUUCGUUUGGACAGAACAGAAACAUUGUUUCCUACCUCAUUUUUAUCAACUUAAAUCAUAUUUUUUUGGUGCUGCUAAGGACCGCUAGACGCUGACAUGAAGAGGGUGAUCAGCUUCCACAGAUUUAUGAACAGACGGCCCUCCGCUAACUGUCGCUACCAGCCCACCUGCUACGAGCACGCCGCUAACUGCUACACGCAUGCAUUCCUGAUCGCGCCCGCCCUGUUGGGCGUGGCCCUGCUGCACCGGCUGUCGGCCACCAACUGGCAGUGCGUGACGGCGUGGGUGUACGGCCUGGGCCUCAGCGCCCUGUUCCUCGUCUCCACCGUCUUCCACGUUGUCACCUGGAAGAAGAGUCACAUGAGGGAGGUGGAGCACUGUUUCCACAUGUGCGACCGAGUUGUCAUCUACGUCUUCAUUGCCGCCUCCUACACGCCGUGGUUGAACCUCCGCGAGCUGGGCCCCGUGGCGUGUCACAUGCGUUGGUUCGUGUGGCUGAUGGCCGCCAGCGGAACGUUCUACGUGUUCAACUACCACGAAAAGUACAAAGUGGUGGAGCUGGCCUUCUACCUGACUAUGGGCUUCCUCCCGGCGUCCGUCGUCACUUCCAUGAACACGACGGAGGGUUUCCCGGAGCUGGCGUGCGGCGGCGCCCUCUACUGCGUGGGUGUGUUUUUCUUCAAGAGCGACGGCGUCAUUCCGUUCGCUCACGCCAUCUGGCACGUCUUCGUGGCGCUGGCGGCCGCCGUGCACUACUACGCCAUCUGGAAGUACCUCUACACUCCGCUCGCCGGCGACGACCACGACGCCCUCGUCCAAUACUGAGCCGACGGCCCCCGCAACUGCCUCAAACAAGAAACAAUGUUUACCGCUUUCGUACACGGAACGAUUGUUUUUAACACCGACUUUUCUAUACACUCAGUCAUUCCAGGGCAAGGCGACCAAUCGUGCGGAGGAAAAACACUGAUGAGCGGGAGUUUGUUAGCAGGUUGCGCUAACCUAUGGGUAGAGAAAAUGGAAUUCCAAGGUGUUUCGUUGUCUGGAUCUUUCAAAAUGGCCAUUCCGCGCCCUGGCAACCAAUCAAACGCAUGAUCAGGAAAGGCUAUCACCUCUGGUGGUUUGGUUUGUUAGCACAGGUUUUGCUAACCUCUCCGAGCAGGAAAAAAAAAAAAUAUCUGAGCCGAUUGUCUUUCUGGAUAUUUCUAAAUGGCCGUUACGCAGGCAGGCGACCAAUCAUACACUUGGAAAAACAUCAUGAUGGAGUACUGCCUUCACCUGUGGCAGUUUGGCUUGUUGCCGGGGAGAAACAAGGAGGCUGAACUUGAGGCUUUUGUCGGGCUGGAUAUCUCAAAUCGGCCAUUCCGCGUCUCGGUGACCAAUCGCAUGCUGAGAAAGGUUGGCUAGCACAUCUGUCAGCAGGUUCUGCUAACCUUCGUCUGAGCUGUGUUUUCAUCUUUCUUUUUUUUUUUUUUUUUUUUUUCCAAUGGCCAUUCCACGGCCCGGUGACCAAUCACACGCAGAAUAAUCCCAUUGGUGGCAGACGGACUUCCUGAGAGGACUUGUUGUGGGGGAGGAGGGGGGGGGGGGGAAAUGGAGACGUUUGUUUUUCUUGGGUGUGGGGGUUCCAUUUGAAGGGUUGGCGCCCCUUGCUGGUGUUUUUCUGCAUUUGAAAAGAUUGAUAGUGUUUCUGAACACCACUUUGGUAUUUAUUCCACAUCCUACUAGGGCACGGAAUCCUCCAUGUACUAGUGAACUCUUUAUACUCACUAGUAAUACAAUUCAGCGCACGAGUAGCACAUCGUAGUACGUAAUUAAAUCUUACUAGUCAACUACUGUGCUGCACUCUUAAAAAGGCCUACUACUGCCUUUUACUACUGUAUGACAUCACACUAAUGGGACAACUGUCAUACUAGAAGUGCAUAUUACUAGUGAGGCAUAACUGCACGAGUUGACAAUUGUGCUACGGGUACUACUAAUGGUGAAAACUCUACUAGUUAGUAGAGUGGUCUAGUUGCCAUCUAUCGCUUCACUAAUAGUAGUAGUAGCACGCAGUUGACAACAAGUGCAGUUUUGCCUCAUUAGUGACAUGUUCUAGUGUUCCCUAGUUCGAGUGUGCUGAAUUGUCUUACUAGUGAGGCGAAAGAGCGUACUAAUACAUGGACAACUCAGCACACGAGAAGAACGACUAAGGUGCACUAGUGCAAAACCUACACGUUCCUAGUAAGGCGAAAUUGCACUAGUUGAUAACCGUGUGCUCAUAUGACUAGUGAAAUAAAAUUCAGUUAGUUAAUAUCUAGUGGUUCACUAGUGGUACUAGGAGUGUGCAUAUGGCAACUAGUGCCCAGUUUUGCCUCACUAGUAAGGUGGUAGUUCUGCUAGUGUGCUGAAUGUACUUAGCAGUAAGGACAAAAUGCACACUAGUGCACAGACAAUUGAGCGCGCUAGUAGAAUGUGGAAUAAACACUCAAGUGGCUCUCCGGAGUUUUUAUUAUUUGACGAGUGGUCACGUUUGUCACGUGGAUGUCACUUCCUGUGUGUGUGUGUGUGUGUGUGUGUGGUGUGUUUUGUAAGUUCCUGGCCUUCCCACUGCCGUUUUCUCUUUGUGGUGCUACUAUCUUCUCUAAAUUAAAAGCAUAUCAACAACCAAACAAGCCCUCCCGUCAAGCAUCCUCUUUAUUUU